AUGUUUAGAGCCACUACAAGAAUUAAUAUACGACCUAUAGGUAUACGACAGAUCGGUUCUAUAACCAAAUUUGAUACAAGGAAAUUUGUCAAGUCAUUACAAGAAAAGGGAGGUUUUGAUGCCAAAAAGGCAGAAGCUGCAGUAACAGUUGUAAAUGGAGCAAUAAAUGAUGGAAUUUAUUCAAUUACAAACAACUUAGUCACAAAAGAAACUUUAUCAUCAAUAGCAUAUCAACAAAAAGUUGACUUUGCAAAACUAAAAGGUGAAUUACAAACUAUGGAUAAAUCAGAAUUUACAACUUUAAAAAAAGAACAAGAGAAAUUAAGAACAGAUUUAACGAAUCUUAAGAAUAGAUUGAAAGAAGAAAUAACUAAAAAUCAAGCAAGUGUUCGAUUAGAUUUAAAUCUAGAAAAAGGUAGAAUUAGAGAAGAAAGUUCAGCAAAUGAAUUGAAAAUUGAGGAUACUUUUAGUAGAGUUGAUGAGGAAAUUGCAAAUAUGCAAAUGCAAAUUAAAUUAGUCAAGACACAAGUGUUACAAUGGUUGAUGGGUAUAGCUACCGGUUUGAUUGCCUUGAUCAUAACAUUGUCUAGAGUUUUGUUAUAG